AUGGUGAUUUAAAAUACAAAUGCAUUUCUAUAAUGUUACACAAAAGUCUGAAUGAAAAUAUAUCAAUAAAUCAUUCGACUGCUAUCUCCCAGCAGAAACUUGCAUUAAGCCUCGUCUAAAUUAGUCCAGUGUUCUAUACAGGCUAAGUCAUGAAAUUUGAUAGUUUAGAAGGCAACUUUGGAUAUUUUUAUCAUAACGUACGAGACAUCUAAGAAGAUAAUCUCCUGGAUGGAGAGUAGAAUCCGUCUUGUUUUUUCCAAUUAUGUAGCUGUAAGACCAAUGAUGAGAAGUUGAUUUGAUUUGACAUGAGUUGAACUGAAUAUAUCUUAGUCAAAAUAAAAAAGACCUCUGAUGUAUGAAAUGAAUACCCAGAAAAGUAAAGAAUGUCUGCCGAUAAGCAAUCCCAGUGUGUCUCUUUCUCACAAGUUCCUUUUAAUUUUCCUUUUAAUUGCAAAUGAUGUAAAGAUAUUAUGAAUUCCAUGAUAUAUCUUUUGCUGCUCUUUCUCCAGGCACAUUUUUUAAACAUGAUCUUAUACUAUGAUAUAUCUUUUACUGCUCUUUCAUACAGAUACAUUUGUUAACAUGAUGUUGUACUAUGAUAGAUCUUUUACUGCUCUUUCAUACAGAUACAUUUGUUAACAUGAUGUUGUACUAUGAUAGAUCUUUUACUGCUCUUUCAUACAGAUACAUUUGUUAACAUGAUGUUGUGCUAUGAUAUAAUCUUUUACUGCUCUUUCAUACAGAUACAUUUGUUAACAUGAUAUUGUGCUAUGAUAUAUCUUUUACUGCUCUUUCAUACAGAUACAUUUGUUAACAUGAUGUUAUGCUAUGAUAUAUCUACAUUUGUUAACAUGAUGUUGUACUAUGAUAGAUCUUUUACUGCUCUUUCAUAUAGAUACAUUUGUUGAAUAUCAUAUUAUACUGAUAUAUUUCAAAUAUAAUUCAUUGUUCAUUCCCAUAGAAACAUUUCUUGAUCAUGAAAUGUAUAUAGCAUAUGCAUGUUAGAGUACGUUUGUUUGCGAAUAUACUAGUCCAGUGUAUUUUCUGCAAACAAAUACUGCAGUCAAACACAGACUCACGGCGGAUCAACUUUGAAUCUCAUUACAUGUGUAAUAAUAUAAUGAUAUAAUGAUAUCAUGUAUAAAUAUAUAUUUUGUAAUAAUCUGAAAUACUAUUUAUAUUUAUGCGUAUAGAAUACUUUGUUAUACACUUCAAUAAAGGUGUGUUCUAUACUAACCAGCUUAUGUAUUAUUGCUGCAGAUUAACAAAUAUAACGUUUUUAUAACGCGUGUUCUAUUUAAUUCUUUUUUAAAAUUAUUAUGUAAUUUUAAUACGAAAGUGCAUCCUACAGUUGUUAAUGUUGCCACUGGAUUUUAACCGAUACCACCAAAUACUUAUCAGAAUGUAUGCGAAACGAAGAAAUAGACAGGUUGGAAUACACUUAACCUCUGAUCUGCAUAAAGUUUUUAUCAUACAUGGUCCAGUUACCCAUUGAACUUAAUCGAACUAUUCCGAUAUUUGCACAUAAUCGAUCUAUAAAUAGUACAACACAAACAGGAUUAUUGGUCGGGUACUUUACAAUGUAUUUAAACGUGUGGUGUAUUUCGAAAACGAAAUUCUAUAUUAUGUAUAUUUAUGUUUAAUACGUAGUUUUAAUAAUUUCCAGAUUCUAAAACAUCUAGUGUUUGUGAGGAAUCGAUUUUCUCAGGAGAUUAUAACAUAAUAAAAAACACUUGUUCAGACAGCCAUGGACAAACAGAAUGGAUCAUACCCUCCGCCGCAGGCUAUUUCUGCCGACGAGGCUGCGUUCCGACUGCCGCCGCCGUCAUAUGAAGAGAUAAUGGGUGUCUACCAGACGUCUGUAAAAACUGAACAGCAGACCUCGGAUAUACCACCACUUGCAUAUAUAGACAUAAUGCCAAGGUGUCUUAAAGCUGGAAACAUCGCUGGAAAAGUGGCGCCAACAUUUGAUGACUACAGCGCUAUUGUUGAAGCAGCUAACCGCUGGCUACAGGACGAUCCAGGCCUCACUGUUUGGAAAUGCGAAUCUAUUGUGAGAAAACUUACGCCAGCCAAGGACGGCACAAUUAGCUAUGAACUAAAUGAAAUGUUGAGGCACGAUGCUACAUUUGGAUUCACUGUUUACAUAAAAGGAAUACGAUUAUGGUUGACGAAGAGAUCGAACCCUGGUCCUCCGCAACAACUGGGUAUCAAAACUGUUGUACCGGAAAAAGUCACUAUAGAGGUUCCAGUCAACAGAUACAGACAUGGCCGCGGAAGGAUUAUUAUCGCAGGUGAAGUGGUCCAACAUCUUCAUACCUACACUAUUACAACUUUUGAAGGCUUUGAAGAUACAAUGAAAAGACUUCAAGGGAAGUUGGCAGGCGACCCGAUUCAAGGUGAGGUUUUAACAAUAGAGACGGACAACGUGAAGGCAUAUGAAGGAAUGCAAAAGGAUUUUGAUCCAGAAAGCACGUGCUGGUCAGAGAAUAAAGAUAAAUCCCAAAGGAAUACUCAAGUUAUCAGGAUAUUCUACGUCAAAGGCUCUCCAAAAAUGGAAGAAAUAGGUUACACGGAGAUAAUACCAGAUGUGAUUGAACAACCGGACUCAGCAACAAAACAAGGAAAGUUUGAAACCUUUGACAACGUUAUAGUUUCUCUUAGCCAAUGGGUAUCCAAAAAUCAGCAAAGAACAAAAUGCAAGACACAAAGAGCAAAACGAAAGAAACAAAGAGCAAAACGCAAGAAACACAAAGAGCAAAACGCAAGAAACAAAGAGCAAAACACAAAGAAACAAAGAGCCAAACGCAAGAAACAAAGAGAAAAUUGCAAGAAGCAAAUAGCAAAACGCGAGAAACAAAGAGCAAAACGCAAGAAGCAAAUUUCAAGAAACAAAGAGCAGCAAAAUGCAAAUAGCAAAGAGCAAAAGGCUAGAAACAAAGAGCAAAACACAAGAAACAAAGAGCAGAACGCAAGAAGCAAAUAA